AUGCGUCUUGUCAAUUGUCUCUCAGAAACUUUUCCAUUCUUUCAACAUAGAAGAGAUGCUAUCGGAAGAUUAGGUCUAUCUCCACUACAAAAGUGUACGGCAGCACUUCGUAUGCUUGCUUAUGGCUGUGCCGCUGACGCCGUUGACGAAUAUCUCCGACUUGGUGAAACCACAGCACUUUCAUGUUUAACCAAUUUCACAGAAGGGGUAAUCCAGUUAUUUGGAGAUGAGUAUCUACAAAGGCCCAAUCCAGAGGAUCUUCAACGACUGCUCGAUAUUGGAGAGAUACGCGGGUUUCCUGGGAUGAUAGGCAGCAUCGACUGUACAUUAAACGAUAUUAACGUCCUCGAUCGAUCUCCUGUUUUUGAUGACAUUUUCGAAGGUAGAGCUCCAAGGGUACAAUACCAGGUCAACGGACACCAUUAUGGUUUGCCUUACUACCUCACAGACGGUAUAUAUCCAAGAUGGUCAACAUUUAUCCAAUCUAUCUCAAACCCUCAAAGUCCAGAAGAACAGUUAUUUGCUGAAGUACAAGAGUCAACCCGAAAAGACGUGGAGCGUGCUUUUGGAGUAUUGCAAGCUCGAUUUGCAAUAGUCAAAAACCCGGCUAUUUUGUGGGACAAGAGACAAAUCGGGAUGGUUAUGCGAACAUGUAUCAUACUGCACAAUAUGAUCGUAGAAAAUGAAAGCAAUGGAUAUACUCAGUGUGAUAUAUCAGAGUUUGAAGAAGGCGAAUCGAGUAGAACUUCAGAGGUGGAUAUGUCAUAUGCUCGCAAGCCUUCAAAUCUCUGUGCUAUGCUUGAAAUUCGUAGCCAAAACAAAGAAGAAACAAGAAACAAGAUAGGAACAGACUCUCAAGGUGGCCUUGUACAAGAGAAGUAG